AGAGAGAGGAAAUAAAAUAAGUACUCUUAGAAAAACUGCCAUGCAGAGGAGUUGGGGGGUAGAAAACCAGAGGAGAUGAGAGGACCAAUCACCUCUCAGAGGCUACCGCCGACCUGUCCUCUUAUCGUUGGGUCUCUUUCUCGCCUUUAGCUCCUCCACGCAUCCCUCCCUCCAUGUAGGCCCUCCCCAAGCUGUGAGAGCCUUAUUUAGCCCUCUCUCCUUUCCUCUCCUCACCCUGGUAUUGUAUGGAGAGAGAGAUCGAUAGAGUGGAAGAGAGGGCAAUCAAAGCGGUAGUGGGGGCAGUCUAGUAGUAAUCAUAAUUAAGACCAGUAUCAAUCUUUGUCUUAGUAUUGUGCAAAUUUAACCACUUUCUCUUAUCUUCUUCACCACUUGCACCAUUCCAAAAGGAAGAAACCACUUGUAUUUAUAGUGUGGGAGGGAGGGUGAAAGAUUCCAGAGUGCAACACACAGUUUAUGGCAAUUAUAGCAGCCAUGAGCGCAGACGAUGGCAAGGAUGCACACGAGCACGACCUCGUAAUGCCCGGCUUUCGCUUCCACCCUACCGAAGAGGAGCUCAUCGAGUUCUACCUCCGGCGCAAGGUCGAGGGCAAACGCUUCAACGUCGAGCUGAUAACCUUCCUCGAUCUCUACCGCUACGACCCAUGGGAGCUUCCUGCAUUGGCAGCAAUUGGGGAGAAGGAGUGGUUCUUUUAUGUCCCCAGAGACCGGAAGUACAGAAAUGGUGAUCGGCCCAACCGGGUGACGACGUCAGGCUACUGGAAGGCUACCGGAGCUGACCGGAUGAUCAAAGCUGAGAACCAUCGAUCGAUUGGAUUGAAGAAGACCCUUGUCUUCUACACCGGGAAGGCUCCCAAAGGCAUCCGAACUAGCUGGAUCAUGAACGAAUACCGUUUGCCCCAGAGUGAAACAGAUCGAUAUCAGAAGGCUGAGAUCUCACUCUGCCGAGUCUAUAAAAGAUCUGGGGUCGAUGACCACUGUCAACUCCCUGGCACCCUCUCCACCAAGGCGUCCUCCUCUAAAGCGACUGGAUCAGAUAAGAAACACGGCUCAUCUCAUCAACCACCUCCGAGCUUCCAAACGUUUGCAGGAGACUGUUCAUCGUCAGUGAUGGAGAAGGCACCCAAAAUUGGAGGUGGAACCAACACCAACAUGUCUGCACCGGUGCUACAAAAACCUGCAGCUCUCUAUGGAUCGACAGCCUCGGUGGCUUCUCUGAGCUCAACUACAUCAACUGAAGAAGACGGUACUUCACUUCACCAUCCCAAGAAUACAACUGCUUUAAUCCCAACAUGCUCCGUCCUCACUUCCGCUACUUCCUCCAUGGUCAGUCCUACGAUCGACGAGCUCCAUAGUUUGAUAGGUUACAACCAAAGCUACAUGAACCAACCCAACCAAUUCCUCCCUUCGCAACUGCAACCUCAAUUGCUUCCCCUCAACACGCUGCCCGUUUCAUUUCCAACCAUUUCAGACAAGCUCUGGGAGUGGAAUGCCCUCCAUGAGGUUGGCAGGGAUUUCACAAGUUUCAAGUGACAGAUGGCAUGCUCAUAUACUUGCAUACACUGAUCAAUUGUCCCCGCUCAUAUUUUUCUUUCUUUUCCAACAUAUGUAGACUUCUAAACUAUAUUACUGUGGGUGAAAACUUAUCACUGUAGAUUCGGUAUGGAGGUCCACUAAUAAGUUUCUGUCAGUUUAUAUAGAUUGUUUUCACGUGUUGAGUUUUAUCCUUCUUGGAUACUCCCAAAUCUAUGUUAUGACUUUGGUUGGACAGCGAGGAGGAAGGGACUUUCUUUUGAGAUUAAGGUUCCAUUAUUUGACCUCUGGACAUAAAAUAAUGAUGCCAUGAUUGGUGGAGGACUUGCAGAGGGAGAUGUCCGGGAGGGAGGAUAUGGGAUGUACCACUGCAGGCAUGUGAUUGCGGCAUUGUCUUUUUCUUUGGGUGGUGGGACUAAUCAAACUCAAAGUAAGCAUUCUGCAUGCCUGCUUCCGCGAUGGUGGCUGAAGUUAUGGAGGAUGAUAGAUGUUUCAGAUGGGUUUGAGGGGUGGUCAGUUAUCGCUGAAGCUGAACCUUUUUUUUUUUUUUCUCAUCAAUGAAUUCACAAUGACCGAGAUAUUGGCAAUUUAUCUCCUAGUUCUUUUAAGUUGGUUCCCAAUUUGGUGGUAUUUUUCAGAUUGGUGGUCAUGAGAGGAGACUACAGCCUAUGUAGGUUUGGUCUUGCACCUUAUCUCACUUUCUCACCAAUGAAUUGAAGUGUCUGAGAUGUGGGCAUUGUA